AUGUUGAGAAGUAAUUUAAACCAACCGGAUCGUGAACCGUACGUCCAAAUGAUCAUUACUUUUAUGGGUGCUGUACCUCCUAUGAAUAUUAUUCGAUUAAAAUUAAUUGAAUUAAAAGUUCAGCACAAGUGUAAUACUACAUGUCGUUUCAAUAACAAGAAAGAAUUACUUAUCUUUCCAUCGGACGGUGUAUCGGAACAGCAAUUGAUGAACAACAUGCCACAAUUCCUAUUUGGCAAUGAUGUGAAUUACUCAACUCGCUCACCUCGGAGUAUUAACAAGACGUUUAGCAUUGUAUUGAAGAACGCUGACGGCACAAUCGACGAAAAAGAAUUGCUGAACGAUAUUCAAGCUAUUGAUAAUGAAGUGACUGCAAUUCAUCGUAUCAAAAAUGCAGCAUUAGAUAAACCAACGUCACUAAUGCGUAUUGAUUGUGCUACAGAAACGUGUCGUGAUCGUUUAUUAGCUAUACGUAAAUUAGUCGUCUCACCGUUGCAUUUCCAAUCGUCGAAUACAUUCCCCAACAAAGAUUAUUCGCUGUUACAAAUGUCAAGGAUUCGGACAUUACGCACAUAA